AUGCUAAUACCGCAGGGCAAGUCCUUUCAAAGAGGCUCCCGUUCAGUCUCUGCCGGCUCUCUGGACAGCGACAGCGGCGGUUACGGUCGAGGUGCAGUACGUCCCAGCGAGCGGCGAGUGUCGCGUUCUCGUUGGUCAGAGAUGGUUGGCAGUGCCCAUGAUCGACACCAAAGCGGUUAUAGGGGAAGUUCGAACUCUCUUCCGACGGCCAGUAGCCGGCAGAGCAGUGUCGACCUUGAAACUGGUCGUUCGCUCCUGGACGAUGCCGACGAGAACGACAAGGAGCGUCGGGGCCUCUGGUCCCUGGGUCUCGGUUUUGCGGCGAGCUCUGCGGCGAGUUCGUUGCCAUCUGGUUCGGCUACAUCGCUUUCAGGUACGAACGGAACGCCUCCCUCGACGAGCAUUGUCGAAUGGCUGCGACAACGCUCGCUGCGUGGCCUCCUGUACUGGCUUCUCGCCCUGUGUUGUAUUGGCCUUCUGCUGGACUACUCGGUGAAUCACCUGCUGCAUCACAGCAGUUUCUUAGGAAAUCAUGGGCAUGACUAUAGAAACCGGGACAUGUAUCGACCCGACAGACCAUGGGGACCGUUUGUUUUCGGGGUUAUCACGGACAUGGAUCGAUUGUCUGCCGUACCUCACCGCUCGAAAGCAUCCAAAAGCGAGUGGAUUGCGUAUUUCCGUCGAGGUGAACUGGAAUACCGUGUACACGACGCUCGUGGAAACCGAUCAGCUGAAGGUGUUUGGACUAUCCGCUGGCACGAGCCUGCUCCCGGUGUUCGCUUGACAACGCAACUGAGCGAGGCCGGACGCGGUAUGGAACUCAGCGAACUCGUUUACUGGCGAGGACGUUAUCUGACGCCCUGCGAUCGCACCGGCAUCGUGUACGAAAUUCUGAACGCUCGCUUACCGAAACCCUAUGUAGCAUCGCGUUACGUGCUCGCUACCGGUGACGGUGAACACGCGAAAGGUUUCAAAGCGGAGUGGAUGACCGUUCAGCAUGGUGCACUAUUCAUUGGCGGACACGGCCGCGAAACCACGGAUGCACACAACGGCACUCAUGUGGUGAACGACGAUGCGCUCUGGGUGAAACGCAUCGCUCCAGAUGGUGUAGCGUUCGUGGAGCACCUCAACUGGACGAACCGUUAUGAACGGCUACGUCGAGCAGCGGGCACCGCAUUUCCGGGCUACCUGGAACACGAAGCGGUUGUCUGGAGUGAACGACGCUCCCAGUGGCUCUUUCUUCCACGACGGUUCAGCGUCGAGCCAUAUGAUGAACGAGCAAACGAAUUUCGCGGUUGGAAUGGUUAUCUUUUAGCAGAUGAGAACUUUCAGAGCAUUCAGCUCAAACACCUGAAUGUUCGUGUCGAUGGUGAGCGCGGCUUCUCGUCUGUGAAGUUUCUGCCGUUUACCGGUGACCGGCUUGCCAUUGCGUUGCGAACGAUCGAACACGAGGACGAGGGUGUGUAUCGAACGUAUCUGACAGUGUUCCAGGUCGACGAUGGUCGCGUCCUCUUGGCCGAUACGCCAGUCGGUGAGCACAAGUACGAAGGCAUUGAAUUUUUAUAA